AUUAUUAAACAAACGCACACAUCGCGCGCUCUUCUCACCUCUUUCUUCGUCUUCGUCAUUCGUGAGAGAGAAGAGCCCUCUUCUCUCAUAUUUCUAGGGGUCUCAAAAUAUUCAACAUUUGGAUCUCUUUACUAAUUGACCAAUUAGAUCUUAAAAACCCUAGACUUAAAUCACUCUAACCCUCGAUUUCCUUUUUUGGGUAUUGUUCCUUCGAGAGAUUUUGUAGAUUCUGUAAUCCACCAUUUUCUCGGUUUUUUUUUCUCCAAUUUCUCGAAAUUUAUUUUGAGAAAUCUUCGAGGGGUAUUAUCUUCUGGAGGUGUUAAUUGAGUCGCCAUGGAAGAACACCAUGUUGUUUCAAAAGGGUUUACUUCGAUUCCCAGAUCCGACUUAAAGAUCGGAGGCGAUGAAUUGGAUGAAAGAGAGGAGUUGAGCAAAAUUCAACCUGUUACACCAAUUCUAAAUGCAGGCAACACUGCUCAUGCUUCUAAAGAUAUUGAAAAAGCCAAUGAAGUUUCGGAGAGUAUUGUUAAAGAAGGGAAGAGUAAUGUGACUGAACUGUUGAGUCAAGAGGUGGUCAAGCCUUCUUCCAAUGAGCUUGGUCUCAACACAACAGAUGUUGUUUGUGAUAAGCGAGCUUUGCUUAAGAGAUGUGAUAAUGCGGAUGCUGUUUCCAGCUGCUUGAAUGAAGAUUUAUCAUCGGUUACUUCUUCCAGGAGACAGGAUGAUAAUCAAUCUAGUUCGAUGGAUGUUUAUUCAGAGUGUGGGAGUUCCAAUGUUCCUGUUGCGGAAAGAGAUCCAAUGAAGGUUUGGAAACAAAUGAAACAGAACGGGUUUCUCUCUUAUCCGCACGGUGGGAUUUCAGCGACGUCAAGCAGCUGUCUCGUAUCAUCUUCUCAUGGAGGGAUACCUGCUCCAAGGAAACGUGGACGCAAGAGCAAGAUUAAUAAUGAUGCUGCAAUGUUGAAGAAGAGGAAGAUAGAGAUUGCAAGGAAGGAAGAGGUUGACAGGUUUGCUAGGCUAGCUGCUCCUAGUGGACUGCUUAAUGAAUUGAACCCUGGAAUUAUCAAUCAUGUGAGAAACAAGAAGCAAGUACUUUCCAUUAUUGAAAACAUUGUUAGGUCUGAAAGAGAUGCUGGAAACUUCUAUCAUUCUACAAUGAGGCAUAGUAAUAGUGCUGUUGGAAGUUCUAGGAAGAACUUGGAAGAUGUGAACACUGAUGUCUCCAGAUUUGAUUUUUACCAAGGAUUCAAGUAUGCCAUGCCAAAAGAUAACUACUCUAUGCGCUACUAUGAUGAGAAAUGCGCAAAUGAUGACUUCAGUAAAGAAAACAAUACAGUUGGGUCGAGGUUUCAGGUCGCAGGUAAGUUCUCAGACAAUGCCAGUUCCUUGUUGAGCGAGGACGCAUCAGAUCUUAACAGUGCUAGUGUUCUCACUGUUAAAGCGGCUACAGUAGCUUCUCAAUGGUUGGAAUUGCUUCAGCAGGACAUCAAAGGCCGUGUUUCCGCUCUUCGACGUAGCAAGAAGAGGGUUCGUGCAGUUGUCACGACAGAACUACCUUUCUUAAUAAUGAAAGAGUUCCCAUCUGAUCAAGAGAAUGACCCAAAUUUACUCCUCGAUGGAGCUUCGAGGGCUUCAACAAUCGAUAUCCACAAGACCAGAUGGGUGACUCUGUUUAACCAACUUGAACACAAGCUAUCAGAAGAAGAGUCGCAAUUGGAAAGCUGGUUAAACCAAGUGAGAGCUCUGCAAUCACAUUGUGAUCAAGGUCUGCAACACUUGAGUUUGAGUUCUGGUCAGAAUUUCUUACAGUUAGGAAUGCCAUUGGACUCUAGAGCUGCAAACUCGCUGAUCUCAGAUAAGGAUUUAGUCAUUAAAGCAGCUGCAGCCUCUAUAUUUUCGACCUGCAGUUUUCUAGAGGAGAACAUAGCAUGUACCUGAACUCCUUUCAACAUCUGACCAGUAUCUGAUUUUAAACAUUUUAGUUGAAAACUUCUUCUCAGUUACUUUAGUGUAAACUUUCAUAGCAGAGUUUACUUUAGUGUAAACUUCCAUAGCAGAGUUUUCUUUGUAAUGUGCAUCUGUAACAUUAGGAGCAAUGCUCAUCAGCCUUUUUCUUUUCCUUUUCCCUUUUAUAGAUUCAGUUUUCCGCCAUUUUUUUUAUAGUAAGAACCUUAGUAUGCUUAUUUUAGUUAAGAUCUGAAAGUUACAAACAUCUCUUGUGUUGAACAGGGAUGUGGUCUUGAGAACAAAAUAACUAUGUAUUGUAUUAUUAUGUUCCGAAUAUGUUCUGGCUAUUCAAAGUUUGGAUCUUUCCCUAA